GCGGCGUCUGUAUGCAGGUACUGUGUCUUGACAGGUGGCGAGUAGCUUUCGCGAGAUCGAGCCCGAGACGCAAUUCCGAGGAUCGAACUGAUAUAACAUCGCCAUCGUUGUUCGGAUCAAGGAAAACGAGGACACCAUUCGGAGGAAAAUGUCAAAGAUCGAGGAGGCGAACGAGCACAUACGCCAGGCUGAAAAAGCCUUAAAACCCACUUUCCUGAAGUGGAGACCUGAUUACGAGGUAGCAGCUGACGAGUACUCACAUGCAGCAACAUGCUUUCGAAUAGCCAAGUCGUAUGUACAAUGUAAAGAUUGUUUAGUGAAGGCAGCUGACUGUUUUAAACAAUCCAAAGCAUGGUUCCAUGCAGCAAAGAACAUCGAGCAAGCUCUGCUUAUUUGUAAGGAAAUGGGAGAUCUAUCCGAAGUAUCCAAAUUAGCUCACAGUGCCUGUGGCCUUUAUCAGCAACACGGUUCCCCUGAAUCAGGUGUUGGCGCUCUCGAUAAGGGAGCUAAGAUGUUAGAAACUACAGAUCCCCAUCAAGCUCUGGAUUUGUAUAAACGCGCGGCUGAGAUAAAUAUGGGCGAGGACAAUCCGCGGAACGCAGCGGAGUACAUGAGCAAAGCUGCAAGAUUGUAUGUGAAGCUGCAAAUGUAUGAUGAAGCAGCGCACGCGAUACGUCGCGAGAUCGGCAUGUAUCAGGACAUCAAGCUUUGGAAUUCACUUGGGAGACUUACUGUGGCAUUGGUGUUGGUACAAUUGGCGCGGGGCGAUCAAGUCGCGGCCGAGAAGGCCUUUAAAGAAUGGGGCAACUACUGCGAAGCCCCUGAGGUACAAACGUUGGAAACGCUGCUGCAAGCAUACGAUAACGAGGAUGCGGAUGCAGCUCGGGCAGCCCUUAAUAGUCCCUUUAUCAAACACAUGGACGUGGAGUACGCCAAGUUAGCGCGAGGUUUGCCUUUACCCCAACAGGAAUACGCUAUUCCACCUGCCGGAGUGAGAGCUAAUGCCGCGGAAUCCUACGUUUCUCCUAAUUCUUCCAAGAUCGAUGGUCAAGCUACCGUCGAAGCGGAAGUUAAUAAGAGUGGAGUUAGCGAAACUAGUCAAUCAACGGAGAGAAAACCAGAAGUCGCAUCACCGCCGAAAUCGACAGAAAACCAGGAAGAAGAGGACGAUUACGAGGAGGGAGGCCUAUGCUAAUCGUCUUUACAUGUAAAAAAAUAGUCCUGUAUUACUUUUAAACUUUUAACCAUGUAACGCAUGUAUAUUGAGCGUUUCAUCGAAACAUUAUUCGCUUCAAGAGAAAUUUAUCUUUCUGCUUAACUCUUAAAAAAACAUUUAACUCCCAGAAUUAAAUUAAGAGUGCGAAUAUGCGAAAAGGCAUAAAACAAUAUUGAUUAUUUUUUUAUUUAUAUCUUAAAUUUUUAAUAACGACAGUACGUCGAUCAGGUCAAUUCACUUGUCGGUAAUUUUUUUCUCUAUAGAAUUUUUUAUGAAAGUUCCAAAAUUCUAAUAUCUAUUAUUUUAAUUAGAUUAAAUUUUAUAUUAUAUUUUAAAUAGAAAAUUAAAAAAGUUAAAAAUAUAUAAAAAAUAAUUUCCGUUGAAAAAACUUUAUAUGCAUGUAUUCUCAUGUAAUGUAUUCUCUUAUAAUCUCUUGUAAAGUCAUAUAUCAUAUGUGUAUAUGUGUGUGUGUAUGUGUGCAUAAUGUUCCAGAAAUGAAAAAAAAAUUAUCUUCUUUGAUUGUGACAAUCUAUAAAAAGUAUUUCAGAUCUUUACACAAAUUAUAUCUAAAGUAUUUUUCUUUUUCACGAUCACAAUCAAAGGAGAAAAAUAUUUUGACAACUCAAUUUUCUGAUUGAACAUCUUGUAUAUAACGAUGUCGCAAUAACAAAUAGAAAGACAUCUGCAUUUUAUUUUUAUUUCUACAUGCGUGCGCGGGCGCGUGUGUGUAUGUGUGUGUG